AUGGCCGACGAUGCGCGGGACCCAACUACCUCUACCCCGGAAGUGAGGGAGCCUGGGCAACAGGCAGACCGGAAACCGAAGCAUGAGUUUCCCAAGUCGCAGGUCGGGAAGCUGUGGGAUGCCUUCGGAAACCCCGAAGAGCCCGUGAAUAUGCUGCCUACAGCGACCACCAAGACUGGACAAAAGGCAAAGGAUAUCACGGUCACUGAGGCUAUGAAAACAAUGUCGCUCGAAAAUGCCAUGUCUUUCCACAAAGCGCCAUGUGCGCGUGACUCGCUGCUGCUGGGAAUCGGGGCCGGGUUCGGUGUAGGCGGCGUUAGGGGCGUGGUUGGAGGAUUGCGCUCUAUGUGGACCGCUUGUAACUGGGCAGUAGGUGCUUUCGCUAUCACAGCGCUUGCAGCCCACGAGUUCUGCCAACGGCGUCGCGUGGAGGAAUUGGACGGUAUGAAACAGGCAGUUGAGUUGAUGAAGGCACUCAAGGACAAGAAACAACGUGAGAAGGAACAGAAGAUCGAGGAAGCCGCCCGUUUGGCAGAGGAGGAAAGGAAACGGAAGAGCUGGACCAACCUAUCGAACUACAAAUUUUGGUAG